GCGGGGCCAACAGAAGCUUGCGGAGGCGGCGAAGAGAAAGCAGAGUCCUAACGCGCAUGCGUCCUCCGGCCGUGAUGGUUUCAUUAUUAUUUUCCUCCCCACCGCCUUCGCCAGGCGCCAUUUUGUGCGCUCUUCAGUCACGUCUCGGUCCCAUUUCGUUGAGACGGCUGGAGGUGAAGGGGAGCUGAGGAGCGGCCCCGGCGGAGGCCCGAGACAAACGAAGCCAAGAAGCUGUCGGAUGGUGAUUGGACGAGUGGAACAUGGCGGAGAAAAGCCAGGCGAAGCGAUUACGGGAGGGAGAAGACAGAAAAAUGGACUGGCGCAAAUGGAAGCAGGAAAAGAAGGAGGAGAUGAAGAAAUGGAAGGAGCUGAAGCUGUUGAGGAAACUGGAUAAGAAGAUGAUGCAGGAAGUGACAGAGAAACAGAAAGAGGAGGAAAAGCCCAUUGAAGAUAAAGGACGGAACUACACGGUCAGCGUUGCCCUUCCAGGCUCCAUUCUCAGCAACGCCCAGUCGGCAGAGUUGCGGACUUACCUUGCCGGGCAGAUUGCCAGGGCCUGUGUCAUCUUCUGCGUGGACGAGAUUGUGGUGUUUGAUGAGCAAGGGGAGGAUUCAAAGACGGUGGAAGGUGAAUUUGAAGGGAUCAAGAAGAGAGGUCAGGCGUGUGUGCAGCUGGCACGGAUUCUGCAGUACCUGGAAUGUCCCCAAUACCUUAGGAAGUCUUUUUUCCCCAAACACCAGGACCUCCAGUUUGCAGGGCUCUUAAACCCCUUAGACAGCCCCCACCACGUGCGGAUAGGGGAGGAAUCAGAGUAUCGGGAAGGAGUGGUUUUGUCACGGCCCACCAAGCCUGGUCGGGGAUCCUUUGUGAACUGUGGAAUGCAAAAGGAGGUACAGAUCGAUAAGCAGUUGGAGGCAGGCCUUCGUGUUACAGUGCGUCUCAACCCACAGCAAAAUCCAGAGAGCAAAACACAGAAGGGGGUGGUCGUUUCAUCGCACCAGCCCCGAACUACUUCUGGGCUCUACUGGGGCUACAGUGUCCGCUUGGCAUCCUGUCUGAGUGCUGUGUUUGCUGAGUCCCCAUAUAAAGAAGGCUACGAUCUCUCCAUUGGAACCUCUGAGCGAGGGGCCUCUGUGGACCAGGCAACUCUGCCUCCUUUCAGACAUGCUCUGAUAGUUUUCGGAGGCUUGCAAGGCCUGGAGGCAAGCGUGGACAUGGACCUAAACCUGGAGGUCACAGAUCCAAGCACCUUGUUUGACUUUUAUUUGAACACCUGUCCGGGGCAGGGCAGCCGCACCAUCAGGACCGAGGAAGCAAUUCUCAUCUCUCUGUCAGCGCUGAGACCUCGGAUCGAAGAAGCAGUGAAGAAAGGUAGCAGCCUCUGAACAGAAGCAGAAACUCAAGCAUCCAACCUGGGCAGACCGUCAUCAAUCUUUACCUCUCCCAGCCAACUUAACACCAAAAUGUGAAGCAGGACCAUCUUCUCUCUCUGGUGGGAGUUCAGGAAACUCACCUCCCUGCUGCCACUGGAUGACUGAGAGCAGAACAGGUUGGAGCAGGGGUCAGCCAACGUUUUCAGCAGGGGGCUGGUCCACUGUCCCUCAGACCUUGCGGGGGACUGGACUAUAUUUUGGAGAAAAAAUGAACGAAUUCCUAUGCCCCACAAACAACCCAGAUAUGCAUUUUAAAUAAAAGCACACAUUCUACUCAUGUAAAAACACGCUGAUUCCCGGACCAUACGCAAGCCGGAUUUAGAAGGCAAUUGGGCCGGAUCUGGCCCCCAGGCCUUGGUUUGCCAACCCAUAGGUUGGAGAGCAGCCAGACACAAACAGAGGGGGAAAGGGGAAAGCACGCCUUGGUUUAAGACCGCUUUGGUUUGAGAACGGAGUUCUGGAAGAGAUUAAGUUCAUAAACCAUGGUACCACUGUAUUGGGGUUUUAGUCUCUGGUUUUUCGCUUUUUGAAAUGCUGGGUCUGUAGGUGGAAACAUUUUGGUUCAGUUAAGAUUGUUUGGGCCAGCUUCAUUAAUUAGCUAUUUGGGUUUGCUUUUGGUCGAAAAAAUGUGCUGAAUAUUAAAUCAUUAAUGCCCUAUCAUUUUGAACAGAGAACAUUGCUACUGAGCAGUUUCAUCCAUUGUAUGAAAGGAAUUGUUUCUUAUAUGGUUUCCUAGAAGUAUUUCAUAUGAGCUUAAGUAUAUUGUAUAAUUUACUUUUGUACUUCCACCAGUUUGAACUCCAUCUUGUACCCCACUUUCAAGAAGCACUUGUUUGAUAUUUGUAGGGGGAAAUAUGCCGGCACCUCCUUCACAGUAUUUAAAUUGUUUUAGUUAAGAAGGAUUUGCAAGCAAUAGAAAUUUACACCAGUUUUCAAAUCAACACAAAAUAAAACAGUUGUGACAUUUACAGAGAAUGAGGUAGAUAUUCAUCAUACUUCUGGCUGCAUAGUCAUCUUGUCAUCUGUGACACACAAGUUGGAAUGGGGUGGGGAGAGGAUGUCCUUCCUCCUUUGUAAUUUACAGUAGCUUAAUUCUGCCACCUGUGGCUAACUUGCUAGGUGUUUCUUUUUGCAGGUUGGAUACAGAAAAUACAGGACUGUUCAUGAAGGUUUUAAGCAGGGCUCCACAAAUUGCUGGGCUUAGUAGUAGUGAGCCAUUUGUAUUGGCCACUGGCUCCUCUCCUACACAGAAUCCUCUGGCACACAUGGGAAGGAGCUGAGUCAGCUUUUCACCUACACUGGACUUUCUCAACACACUGGAAACAGCAAGAGAGAUGCUUGUAAUAUCUUCCAAAUGAGGUACUAAAAGAGGCAGGCUCCUUCUUUGUGUGUGUCAGAGAACUUGGAGAGAGAGAGAGAGAGAGAGAGUAGAGUCUCUUUCCAACCUGUUUUGAAGAAUGUCUGCAAAGAAUGCAAAUGAGGUAGUGUAUCUUGCUUUGUCCAGGACAGGCACCCCCAAACUUAGGCCCUCCAGAUGUUUUAGACUACAAUUCCCAUCUUCCCCGACCACUGGUUGUUAGUUAGGGAUCAUGGGAAUUGUAGGUCAAAACAUCUGGAGGGCCGCAGUUUGGGAAUGCCUGGUCCAGGACAUCUAGGAAUUGCCAGAAAGAGACCAUUAGUAACUGCUGGUCACGCUUGACUGUAUUUAUGGAUGCUUGCACUUGACUACCCAGGACAGUGGUUUUCAAACAGUAGGGCAGCCUCCCUUUAACAUGUGGAAAGAGAAUUCAAAGUCAAAAAGAGAUAGAUCCUUAAGCCAUGUAGAACCUUCCUAUCUAGCAGGCCAAGACAUGAUGGGCUGAACACCCAAGCAGAAAAUCUUCAUUGAUUCAUACUGAGUUUAAGUGGAUGAGUGAGCUCCUACCUAAUUUGGCAGGAGCUUCUCCCUUUUUCUAAAACUGUUACCUUGUUGGAAAAGUGUCCCACAUGCAAAGACCUUUGCAUGCCAUGAGCAGACUGUUGGUUCUGAUUUGACAAGGGGAAUAAUAGGACAGAAUUGAUUGAGAAAGGGGUGGCAAGUUCAUACUGAGCUGGGGUCUAUAAGCUCUUGUACAAAAUGCUGAUACUUUGUAUCUAUUAUUCCAGCAGCAAUUUCUUUCUUUGAAACUUAACCCAAUGAGGCAUCAGAGGGACGCGUUCAGCAUGGCGAUGACAAAUAAACUUGGGAGCACCUUGCAAAGGACCCUGUGGUGCCAAAUGGCAUGUAACGGAGGAUGCUGCCGCCGUUGUGAAGCUGGGCUAUCUAACUCAAGAGGAAGAUAAUCCGCACGGCACAUAGGAUGAGCGGGACAGCUGAGUGAGGGCUGCUGCACUUUAUAUGUUGAUGCCGCAGACAAGAUGGCUGUAAACUACGACUGAGACGGUGCCUUUCAAGUUGCUUACCGUCCUGUUCCAGAGAGCAUUUGGAAAUCAGUGUUUUGUUUAUCCACCAAGCUAUCUGGAAAGAAUUGUGACCAUGAACGUACAGAUCCCUGCAGAAAAUCCUUCCCAAGGCACAGAACGGUGUGAGCUUGUGCGUAUGGCCGGAACCAUGAUGAAACAUCAGCUAUCUUGCUUGCGGGAUUCAGUAAAUUUGUGUUGACUGCUUAUAAACUGUUCUUCAUUAAGCUUUCAUUGUAUCCAAGCACUGACAGAAUGUCUCAAGAUGAACAGAUACUUUAAACACUGAUGAUUUAUGGAAUAAAAGCCUAUUUUAUGAUUA